AUGCAUUUGUCAAGAAUAACCGUCAACCAAGCUGGUUUCACUCCUGAUGCACAUGGAAAGAAUAAUUACCAUACUAGGUUUUUCUUCAUUAAAGAUAUGAACGUUAUUAAAAGAUAUUUUAUAAUUCCGAAAAGAAUCAGUGAGCUACACGCAAAUGAUUAA